GGUAAUGUAGUUUUUUAAAGGGAAGAAUUGCACUGUGAGGUGAAAGACAGUGUAAUUUAAACUACAAGUCCCAUCGUAUAUCUAACUGGCCCACCUCUUCACUCCCUGCUCCCUCCCUCGACCGCCCCCUGUUUUGUUGUUUGGCUAAAGAUGGCGUUAGCGGCUAACACAGGCGAUUGCAUUUUGUUUCACAAAAAUUAUUCAGCCAGUGGUAACAAAACAUUGAUCAAGUAGAGGUUUAAUCCGUCAUUUGAUGUGUAAAAAUAUGUUACAUUGAGAUAAUACACGUAUAUCACGUAGAAUAACGCUUGUUCGGCCUUCCCACGAUGAAGGCCUGUUUUUUAGGGAGUGGACCGAAGCUGUUGGAACUCCAUCUCCCAUCAGCGAGUGCGGCGUCAGGUGGUACAACUUUCUUUUUUCAUGGUAUCUGUAGUUUUCUCAACCACACCACAAUGUUAUUUUUUUUCGGAAACUUUUGAAAAAAUGUGAACAAACUUAUUAAGAGCACAUAAUCAGCAGUUGAGUUUAACAAGCUAACAAUUUAAAGUAAAAGGACAUGUUAUUUUAUUUCUCGGUAUUUCACUGGAAGCAUCCAGUGACGCUCCACAGUGUGUAUACUAUCUGUCUAAACUGAGAGGAGAACAUUUAAAGAUAAUUGAACCGGGGACCAUGGCUGCAUCGCCUGUUCAAGGUGACUGGAAACAAUCUCGAGCACCCUCCAGAGAAGGGCACCCAUCAUCAUCACCAGAGUCUUCUUUGACCUGGUGCUUGGCACACCUCUGCAAACCGGGAUCAGGGGCUGAACUUCACGGGCAUGGCAAGGCUGACUCAGGAGGUGGCAGAGAGGGGGACAAGAGGAUCAGAGUCUCUCAGUGGCGAGCCCUGGUUGCUAUCCGGACGCAGCACAUCAAGGGUGACAAGGCUGGCAUUGCCAGAUUCAGAAUUCAAGGUGGUCUCCGGCCCCUGCUGGACCUGCUCAAACACCCAGAGUGCUCCAGGAAAACACUGGACCUGGCUCUGAGCAUCCUGGCAAACUGCUGCACUGAGCUGAAGACACGCAUAGAGGUUCGUAAGCUUGGUGGAAUAAAUAUUGUAGUGGAGAUCCUGAAGGAAAAUAUGGCUCUGGAGACCGUCCAGAACCGAGCGGCCCGGGCUUUGGGAAACUUGGCCAUGGAUUCAGAGAGCUCUGCACUCAUCCACUCUGCUGGUGGUGUUCCUCUUCUCCUCCUUUGUGUGUCUCUUUCUUCUGGCCCGUCCUCCCCCACUGCCGCUCCACCCAAAGAGCCCUGUCCUAAACUGGAGUGUGCUCAGUCGGCUGCUCGGGCUCUCCUCUACCUCUCAGAUACACCCUCUAACCGCCUGUUGCUGCUGACCCAGGGGACCUUAUCUUCACUCGCCCCUCUCAUUGCUCCAGAAUAUCCUCAGGGGCUGAGGCAGGCGGCGCUCAGGACCCUCCACGAGCUGACCCGGGGCUGUGGUGUCGAAUGUGCCAGGGAGGUGUCCCGCUCUGGAGUCCUCACUCAGCUCGGUGUCAUGGCGUCGGGGGAGUUUGGUAAACCUUUUGAGGAGCUGGCACUAAAAACCCUCACCAACAUGUGCUCCCAAGGCUGCCUGCGCCCUCUCGUGGGGUCACUGGGAGUCAUUCAGAAGUUCACUGAUGAGAUCAAGAGGGACCCAAUGAAGUCUGGAGUCUUCCUCAAGGCACUGUGCUUGUGCUGCAAGGAGGCGGUCAACCGGGCCAAGGUGAAGGAGAGUGGUGGAUUGGAAGUGCUAAUUGGCUUUCUGGCUGCCCAUCAGAGUCAUCCCCUUUCCCGAUUCACCAUACUGGCCUGUGUAGACUUUGUUUUUGAUGAAUCUGCUAUGGAGCAGCUGCAAGAGUUAGGGCUGGUCCCUCUGCUUGUUGCACGACUGGUUGAACUCACCAGAGGCGAGGAACAAUCUGCCGAGAGGAUGGAUGUGAGCCUCUCCUCCAGCAUGUCUCCCGCUGAGUUGCUGCCCUCGUCAUAUUUUGAAUCCUUUGACUUUCCUCCUCCCCCUGAGGGCUGCAAGAAGGAGGAAGCUGGAAAAGAGCAAGGCCUAUGUUCAUCAAGCUUUUUAAGUCUCAGGUCCUGGUUGGUGUCUGAGGGAUUGAUCUCUUCAGAGGGCGACCUGCUUGAUUCCUCUGGUGUUGAAGGCGAAUGGGGAAGUCUUCAGAGCCCACCUUCUUCAUCCCCUCAAACCUCCUCCCAAAACCCUGAUUCCCUGUCCUCUCUUAAGAACUUCUCUCCAUCCAACUCUACGGCCUCUUCCACUUAUAAAAAAUCUGCUCAGCCUUCCCCCGUGUCCUCUUCGGCCAGUCCCCAACUGUCACCUCGUGUAAAAUCACUGAUCCGCCUCCCUCUAGUCCUCAACCUUCCAGUGCGCUCACAUCCCCAAACCCAGCCCAGUACUUCCACUAUCUCCUCUCCCACUAAAACAACCCAAACGCCAGUCUCUCCCUCAAAGUUCUCUUCCCCUCACAGAAGGAGGCAGCGUGCUCAUUCAACAUCUUUUUUGACUAAAGUCACUCUUGAUAUCCCUCCCUCUCUGCCCCGUCCGAUGGCUUACCACCCCUACCACCCUGAACCCUGGACGCCAGAGUCGCCGAUCCUGCUUCUACUGUCGCGCUUCUCCCACGCCACCGACCCAAGUGCUGCUCUGAUCAGCUCAGGCAUCAUGUCCGGCUUGCUUUACUACCUCACCCAGCACCAGGACCCCAGCAGCAGAUGCUUCCGUAUGCUUUGCCGGCUGAGCUGCAACCCAAACUGUUUGCAGGCGCUCGUCCGAACCGGCUCAGUCGCGCUGAUCCGUCACCAUCUCUGCCAGAGAGGGGGAGGAUUUGAGGGAGCGGAGAGGCAGACGGACCGAGUGAAAGUCAAAGUCAAACAACUUGGUUUUACGCUUCUUAAUAAUCUGCGCGUCCAGUGUGAAUCUGGAUUUGGCGCUGGGGUUGUUGCCCAUGUGAUGCUGUCGGGCUCUGAGUCCGACAAGAUGAACUGUGCGCUGUCUCUGCCAUUAAUCAGCAGAAACAAAUCCCUGUUGAAGAAACUUCUUCUGGACAGCGGUGGGCUGCUCUUGGUUCUGCAGCCCCUUGGUUGCGACGACGAUGUUGUGGAUGAAGACCACCCCCCUGAAUGUAGGAAGUUUCUCUCUGAUUGUUUUAAUUCGCCGCAUUCAGGCCUGACUUCUCAACUACACUUGCUGUUCUCCUCCCUCCUGAUUGGAUGCCUGUCUACACUGUUGAGUGGCAUCAAAAUGGAGCUCGACAAAAAACAUCGAAGUCCAGUUACAACACAGUCAGUCAGUAAGAUCGACAUAGCUUCACCCCCUCCCUCGAAAAGGCCUCGCCUGACUGAUACCUGUCCUUAUGGAGUCUCAAACUUUGAUCUCCUCUUGCUGCUGGAUGAUGGGACUCAGGUCCAAGCCAACAGGGAGGCAGUGGCCAGGGUGGAGGGGACAGAGGGGGUUGGCUCUGAAUAUUUUUGGGCUCUGUUGAGAGGCGGAUUUGGAGAAGCUCAGGGUAAAACAGAAGAAGCCAUCUGCAUCAAAGAUGUCAGCACAGGUAUGCUGCUACCAGUGCUGCAUUACUUGCAUGGAUGUCGCCUCACCAAGGACACAGAAACGACAAAUGAAAGUGAUGAAGGAGAGAGGAGAGGACGGUGUCAGAUCUUGGACAAGUUGGUCCUUGAAGGGCUGGGGAUCUGCCAAAAAGAGAGGGAGCAUCGCUCAACGGAAGACUUCGCUUUCCAGAAAACUGCUUUAGGUGAGGUGAUGAUUGGAGCGUGCAGAUUUUUGGUGACGGAGCUGCAGAGAGAGUUGGAGGAUCUCUGUGUGUCUCAUCUCCUGUCCUGCUCCACCAAGGCUGCUUGUCGAGCUGCAUCAGCUCUCACAGUAGACAAGGCUGAAAAGGCUGCAUCUAAAAUGGACCACGAAUGCCUCGAGUCGGCGGAGGAGAACCUGGCUAAUCGAACAUCCGAGUUAGAGUUGACUGGUUUUGAGGUCCAAACCGAAAAUGUACCAGGACAGACGAAGAAACCAAACAGUUCCCUGCUCAGAAAUAAAACUUCUCGCGCUUCGGACCGUAACACAAUCAAAAGCGUCACUUCAGUUUCCAAAUCGAGCGGUGCGUCAGUGCCAGAGAAAUCACUUGAUCCAGAAAAGUUGAAGUUAAGACCAAAGAACUUGAAAAGUUCAGCACAGCGUCUGAAAGCAGUAGCUCAGGACUCAAUUUCUUCCUCGGUCGCCAGUGCAGAAGGUGGGCCCCUGGCUGCUCUCCUCCCACAGGUGUACUGGUUUUCCCAGCGCUACAGCUACCCAGCACUGGGUCGGGCCUGUCUGUCUCUGCUGCUGGGCUCUCAGGACUCUCCUCGGCCCUUCUUGUCCUCCUCUCUUGCCGGUGAUUGCCUUUGCAGACUUGCCAGAGAGGCUGACUGUAAAGAGACUCUGAAACAGUGUCUGCUAAGUUUGGCCACAGUGGCUCUGAGCUGAAUAAAGUGGAAAUAUUGAGUGGAGUGGUUGGUUGCAUGAAUUCAGAAGGCACAGAUUAAUUAUCAGACGACUUUGGGGCUCGUUGUGAGCUGCCAAAAAAGUUGCCAUUGUAUUAUUUUUAUCAACUGUCUGGAUAGUUCAAGUACAGCGUACAAGCAACGGCACGAUUCCCUUGAAAAGCCCGCUGUAUGAAUGUCUUGAGUAACAGAACUGAUUGAUUAUUUUCAAAAACUGGAAGCAUAAAUUACUUUUGAUCUGUAAUCUGAUAGAAACUGUAGCCCGUCCCAGCAUGACAUAAUUGUAUUAUAAUUUACUUAUGACAUAACUAUUGUGAUUUUUUGUUUUGUUCUGUUUUUGGUUAAAAAAAAAAAGUCUAAGAAAAUGUUUGAAAUGAAUUUGAUAAAUGUCAUUUAGCUGGAAGUACUGGAAUUAUCAGGGUUGGUCUAGAAACCAGUUGUUUAUUUUGUAAAUAGAGAUUAACAGAGAUUAGCAGAUAUACAGUGUAUAGACUCUGACUGUUCCAUAUAAAUUUAUGCUACUGAAUAUAUUGUUGGAACAUCACUUUGCUUUCCGUUUCUUCUUGUUGGCGUGUGGCUAUGCAGAAUCUGACCGUGUGGCUUUAGGGAAUUCAUUUAGCAUUUUAGAAAUCUUAUUUAAAUUGCAGAGAGUGAAACAGCAACUUGUUG